CCUCGAAUCCCCAUCCCUUUCCCUGUCUGCGUCCUUGUGCCCAGGCACAUCCUCUGCCCUCACCCUGCCCUUCUCCUCACAGCUGCCAAGUCCAAAGGCAAGGGUGUGCCGAAGGAGGCGUUGAAGGGGCCGGAGGUGUGCACGGACCCCACCCUGCUCGCCACCCAUGCCAUGGGAGUCAACUACUUCAAGGAGGGUCCGGAGGUGGCCCUGAAGCCCGACUCUGAGUACCCCGACUGGCUCUUCAAGAUCCACCUUGGGCCCCCUAAGAAGCUGGAGGAGUUGGACCCUGACACGCUCGAGUAUUGGAGGCGCUUGCGGAAAUACAACACAUGGCAGCGCAACAGGUUGAAGAAGGGCAAGAAGCUGUAGGUGCUGCUGAGCUUGGGGCUUCCCCAUGUGCCAGCACAGGUGACACUGGGACCUGCCCUGGCUUUUGGUCUCUUCUCCUUGCUGUAAAUAAGAAAUAAACCUCUGGUGAAGCUGUUAUAAAAUCUGUUAUAAAGGCUGUGACAAACCCA